AUGCAGCAACUACUUGCAGGAGUGGACACACCACCACCAUGUCGAAGCAGUAUGCAACGCACAUCUAACAGAGUAGCAGCUGAAAUGGUCAAACUCAAUAAAACAGACAUGGCACAGAAACUUGAACAAGUCAAAGAAGUCAACAGAAAGAGAGGUGUACCAGAAAAUGAAAUUAACAUAACUGUGGAUGCUCGAUACAACAGCAACACAAUUGUUAGUAAAAAGAAGCCCGGUCAGAAUGCCACUCAAGUAUUCGCACUUGGUAUUGAAACAAUGACAGACAGAAAGUUUAUUGUAGCUGCUGUUGUGCAGAAUAAGAUGUGUUGGAAAGGGGCUUGGCUUAGAGGUAAAGGCUUUCCAAUAGAAUGUCCAGGCCAUGAAGACUGUACAGCAAAUUUAAACAGAGCUGCUUCCCUGUCAGAGUAUGAGCUGGGAAAAGAGAUUGGAAACCAGCUAGGACUACAGAAAUUUCUUGUAAGGUAUGUGACCACAGAUGGAGAUGGACGUUCAGCUAGAGGUAUUGAAGAUGCCAUUAAAGCUCUCGAACCAAUGUGGAAGGUAGAAAGACUGGCAGAUCCAGUACAUUUGGGACAGUCUCAAUUCAGGGCCUCUAAUCGAGCUCAAUACAGUACGGGAAUGUUUCAUGGAAAACAAAAGAGGAAAAUGGACAACUGA